CUGGUCCAGCAGGCGUACUGGGAGUUGCCAGAAUCGGUCCGGGACUCGUUGGACAACCUGGACAUCCUCGUGGAAGACAUUCCCGGACCCGAAGCGGCCGAUACCGACGACCCCGACGGCCCCGACGACCACCAGCACGGCCAUACUCUUCUGGGCCUCUACGUCGGCGUCCCGUUGGUGGACCGCUACGCCGCCGAUCCCAUGAUGCCCGACCGCAUCUAUAUCUACCGGUUGCCCAUACUGGACAUUUGCGACACUCACGAGGAGGUCGUCCGCGAAGUUCGGACGACGCUGCUCCACGAAAUCGGUCACUAUCUGGGCCUCAGCGAGCAUGAUCUGGACCGGCUGGGCUACGCCUGA